CACGCUCAAUCGAUAGUUUUUAUCGCCGUUGCACGGCUCGCGAGGGUGGGUGAGUCUCCAGUCCGGUUUUGAGGUUAGGGUUAGUGACUCGGUGACACUGGAAAACGGCGGUUACGGGUUCUCGUUUGUGCGCGGCGGCAGUGGAAAAGUCGGAACUGUCUCACCCUCCCCGACCGAUCCGGCGUUAAGACGUACGCCCCGUGCGGUUCUUGUUAUCGAAUCUGUGAAAUAGAUACGUACAUGCUACGAAAAAUUAGAUAAUGGCCCGCGCUCUUUACGUCAGUCUGUUUAUACCCCGUGCACCAGCAAAGUCCUCCGGAACAAGGGAAUCUACACACUUUAGGCGGUCUAAAAAUAGCCACUGAGGUUCGUAGACCUCUCGUUCCUCGAACGUGAUCUCAUCCGUUCAAGUUUCCCAUAGUAUCGUGAUCGAUUUGAUGGGUGAUCGCGAUGCAACACGUGACUUAACGAUCCAUCGCGUUGAUACGUCCUACAUAUUCGAUUCUCGAGCGGGAAGUCGGGAAGAAUCAAGGAUUAUGUUCUGGAGGAUGUACCGGGAAAGAAACCCGAGAUAAUAGUGACGGUGUAAGAGGAAGAGCUACUUUUGAAACGCAGCGAGGAGAGAAAGGAGACGAUGGACAGGAAAGGACUGGAUAGUGCGCCGAUAGUUCGUCACAAUGGAUAAACGAGAGGUAAAGUGAAGAUGUCACAAACCGCGGAUGCUGAGAGUGAAGCAGGCUCCAUCUGCGACGAGGAACGCAUCAGGAAGCUGUUCCAAGCAUGCGACGGCGACGGAGAUGGUUUUAUUGACAGUCAGGAUCUGCUGACGGUAUGCAAGGAACUGAAUCUGGAGAACUCGGUGGAGGAGUUAAUGAGAGAAUUAGGGGCGGACGAGCACGGUCGCAUUUCCUAUCAAGAGUUCCUCAGGUGUCGGUUGGCGCUACGACCGGAAAUCGAGGCCCUCAGGUCCGGCAAACACAGAACUAGUCCACACCACACGCAUACGCCGGAAUACCUGCCCACCAGCAGCGACAACAGCCUCGGCACCGUAUCUGGCCGGCAUGAACGCUGGGAAUUCGACAGCGGAGCACGCGAUCUCUCACCGGAACCUCAUACUCUGCAGAAACUAGUGGAAGCUGCCGCAGGGGGAACUGGAAACAUGCUAGACUUGGCAAACAAGCUGCACGCGGCCGCCUUGUCCUCGUUGCGGUCCGAGGUCACCGAGCUGAAUUCAAGGUUGGUGGCGGCGACUAGGGCCAGGGAGGCGGCCGAGGCGGCUCUGGUCCGCGCGGAGGUGCAGACCGCGCGAGCGGAACAGAGGGCGGAACAGCAAGCGGCGAGGCACGAGGAGAGGCUUACCGAGUUGCAUUCCGUGAUCGCCGAGCUCGGCAGGCAACUCCAGAGGCAUCGGGCUACCGUAAUUGCCGAGGAGGAUGAGUCCGAGAUAGAAACUAGUAGAGAUGCAGAGGGAUCUAUCACCAAUCCCGUGGAAGAGAGUGAAGCUGGUGGAGACAUCCAAGGUGACGGUGACCGGACCUUAGGCGAUGCCGACUCCAGUUGCUGCGAGGACAUCGAGCCGCGGAACGCUGAGAACGGCAGGGAGCAAUUGGACAGUCCGGCAGCGUUACCAACGCCGGAGCCGACGCAGCAGGUGGCCUCGUGCCAAAGCGUCGUCGUAGCUGCGUUGCAAGAGGAGGUCACGACCCUUCGUGCCGAGAUCGCGAGCUUGCAGGCUCAGCUGGCGAAUUUCAAGAAUCAGGCUAACAGUCAGAGGCAGCAAGGCAGCGAGUCGCCCCGCAGAGAGUCGCGGACAAGAGGCAACACCAGCUCGCCGGAACCUUUGAGUGCACCUUGCUCGCCACUCUUGCCGCCCCUGCAGACACCGCCGACAAAGAGCGUAACGAGGGAGGAAGCUCCGGUUCUUAAAAUAGCCGAGAGGGUGAGGCUCAGGAGAACCGACGAGAGGCACAUCACAGGACCCGAUAUUACCAACCUCGGGGUGUGCUCGACGAUGGUGGCCGAGCAUCUGGUAUCGGAUCUGCUGGACCACUCGAACAUUCAAGAGUUGAACGGAUCCGAGAAGCAAUUCGAGGUGGAGACCGAGAGGCUGAACAGUCGAUUGGAACACGCACGAGCGAAUAACGCGGUACUCGCGUUGACUUUGCACGAGAGUAAGGCACAAUGCGACAGAUUGAGUCUUCUAGUGGGAAAGUACGAGUCGAAUGCAACUGCUUUACGCUUAGCGCUUUCGUAUAGUGAUCGAGCGAUAGAGGCUUACGACGUCCUAGUAGCGUUGCUAGAGAGCGAAAUCGCUUUGUCUACCGAAAGGAAUAGUAUUACGAUCGAUAAUAGAAGGGCAGCAGAACACGUGGCUUAUCACGUCUUGAAUAAAUUGGAAAACGAGCGCAUGAAUACUGUGAACGCUCCAUGGGAAGAUAGCAUAGUCUUAUCGGACGAUUCGAAAACUCGUAGGUCCGAAGUGUCUUGGUCUGUAGACGACGAGCAAAGGCUUAGAAGACACAUCAGUAGAUUAAAAGGAGAACGAGCCAUGGUCAGAUCGACAGUAAUGGAAUUAGAAAGCGUCCACGUUGAACCUUUGAAUUCUAAGAACACCAUUUCCCUCGCCGAGGCUCGGAAGUUAGAUUUAGAAACCGCUGUACUUAUGCAGGAAUUGAUGGCUAUGCGAGAGGACAAGGCAGAGCUACGGGCACGCGUUUUUCUGUUGGAGAAGGAACGAGCUACCAUAGAGUUAAAGUUGAACGCGCGUGAUACGCAAAUCGCAGCUCAACAUGCUGCCAUUGAACAUCUGCAAGGACAACUCGCCGAUACCGAAGCCAUGCUGGCAAUGGCUACGAAUAAAGAUCGAGGUUUGAGCGAUAACGAGAGCGAGGGUAUGGAAUCUGAAUUAAUAGAGGCUCUAGGUCGGGAAGCUAGACUGAAGGAACGUCUGCAGGAAUUAGUUUCUACCUUAGAUAAAGUUAACAAAAAUUCCGAGCUGAGGCAUCAACAAUCGGCCGAGCUAGUUAACGAUUUGAAGAGAGCUAAUGGAGCCCUGGUACAAACUUUAGAAAAGUCUAAGAAGAAAUAUCAGUCCAGGUUGAAAAAGUUGGAACAGCAAAUGUUGGGCAUGGUAGAGAGACAUGCUGCGCAGGUAAAAUCUCUAAAACAACGGAUAACAUUGCUUGAGGAGGAAUCGACAGGAUACAAAACGAGUUUACCACUACAGUCGCAGAGUUCUGGCGCCAGCGAAACAUCGUUAUGACAAUUCAGUGAUUAAACCGCGGGCUCUACGAGUGUUUUUUACGAUCCUCACUACGGAAAUAAAAUUUACAUAUUUUUUUACAUGAAUAGUUGCCCAAAAGUAAUUCUUGAUUAUUCGCUUUUGUAAUUAUAUAUGAGAAAAAAAAGGAAAAGUACGAAUUAGUAGCUGUCCUAAUAAACUAAAUUACACGAGCUAGGCUUUUAUGCACGAAAAUUACGCUGCUGAUACAUCGACGGAAACAAAACUAUUUAAGAAAGUCCUCCAAGUAUACUGUGAGUUAUAAAUAAUUAUGUUACACGCGAUAAUCUAUGUCAUUUAUAGACGGUGAUAUUCAUCCUGUAAAUAUGUAUAUUUCAAGCAUUAAAGAAAAACGUGAUAUGUGUAAACUAUGACGAAAUAAAUUGUGCUUUAUUAA